AUGGCUCCACCCAUCCGACGCCCGCAGAACGCCAAGAGGCCCCACAGGGCUAAGAAGGCAGAAGACUCUUCUGCUGCCAGGGAGGGAGUAGAAGAGUCUUCUACGGAGAUUUCAGCUGCAGCUGCUUCGACUCCUGCCUCAGCAGCGCCGGAAGAAGGCACAGCUCGUUCAUCGGGGGGGGGACGGAGUCGCCACUGUAAGAAAGGAGGAGAUCCUGAGCGCCGUAAGGCAUGCAGCAUCCAUGCUCUCCUCAAACGGGUUUCUUUGGCGAACAAGCCCAUUGCUGCUGACGCUGAUCCGCCAUCCCCAGUGGCAACAAAAGGCACUUCUAACGACGAGGAGAUGUCGCUCCCUAGCGGCCACCACGUGCCCCCAGCCUCCGGAGCAGAGCGAAGCAGCAGGCGUACAGCGGCGUCUCAAGGAGAAGAAGGAACGGCGUCAUUAGUCGAGGCUUCACAGCUCCUUCAAAGCGAAGAAGAGCUCUCUCUCUUCAUGUUUGACUUUGGAGAGUGCGAUGCACAGCGCUGCAGCGGGAGGCGGCUUCUCCGCCACGCCAAACUCAACAGAAUUGGGGUAUCCGGUCGUGUGCAGUAUGCACAACGGGCAGGAGGCCUCAGCAGCAGUGCACGGAAAGGCAGCCUUAGCGCGAGCAGUAACAGCAGCAGCAGCGCCGAGGAAGCCGCGUCGGACUCUGGGACGGACGAAGAGGAAGAAAUAGAGGAGGCGCCAGCUGCCAACACAGCAGUAUUACCGGAAUCCUCGUGCUGUGCAGCGGAAGCGGCAGCAGAAGAGAAGAGCAAGGGACUCGUCCGUGUUCGCAUCAAGGGUGGUUGUUUUAGAGGCGUUCUGUUGUCACCGUAUUUCGAUGAGAAGACACAAAUCUUCAGCGCAGCAGACAGGCGACUCAUGCGGCAGCAAGGACUCGCCGUGGUGGACUGUAGCUGGAACCGAGUCUUAGAGGGGAGGCGAUCGCAGCGCAUCAACUUUCUCAGAAGUAAUGUACGGGUGCUGCCACUGUUGCUCUGUGGAAACCCGACGCAUUAUGGGGCCCCCAACAUCCUGACGUGCGCCGAGGCCCUUGCAGGGGCCCUUUUCAUAGCUGGCUACAAACGACACGCGGAAUUGUUGCUCAAUAGUUUUACUUGGGGAGCACAUUUUUUGGAGCUGAAUAAAUCGUUCCUCGACGUGUAUGCUUCCGUGCCUAACGGGCAGGCCAUGAAAAAGUUGAAGGACAGGCAAGAAGCGGAGAUGCUCCAGAAAAGGGCAGAAAAGGAAGCACACAAAAGGAAUGAUAAUACGGAUUAUUCAGCAAUAUAUACCACAGUGGAGGAAACGGUUCUAGGGACAGAACGUUGA